GUUAACACAAAAAAUUAAAAAUAAAUACUUGUCUUGCCCGAAACAUGGUGUGUUUAUGAUAUCGUUUUUUAUUGUCUUUUAAUUAUUAUGAUUUUGUGUUUUAAUUUCAACUACAACCAUGCGGUCGUGCUUUUUGCACUGCUACUACAACAAGUUUACUGCAUUAAAGGUGAAAACGAAUGUUGGUGGACGGGAUGUCAGCCGAGUACUUGGGCAGUGACCGGAUGCGGUCAGUACAACCGGACGCAGAAAGACAUCAAGAGUUGCACCGACGGUUCAGAGUAUUAUUGCUGUCCGAUUGUUGUGCAACCAGAAUCUUCCCAAAAAGACUGCUGGUGGACUGGUUGUCAGCCAAGUACUUGGGGUGUUACCGGAUGCGGUCAGUAUAAAAGGACAGAAAAGAACAAAUUGCCGUGUGACGGUGGGUUCGAGUACGAAUGUUGCGAGCUAUCCAACAAAGACACACACAACGACAAUGGUAAGAAACCUAUUUUCCUGGACGACAACUGUUGGUGGUCCGGAUGUCAGCCAAAGAACUCGAAUGGUGACCGUUGCCCGGUGAACACAAUUCUAAGACAAACGGCGACUUGUGACGAAGAAGAUGAUAGUAUUAUGGUUCAGUGUUGUGCAAACAAUACCGGUAACGGCGACGACGACGACGAAGAGACGUUAUCCGGAACGUCAUUUUCUGAUUUCGUUAAGUAUCUACUGAUGAAGAGCAACAACUUCACCAUCGUACCCGACAGACUCCGAUGUGACAAGGUGGACGUGAACAAAGCGCACAUAAUCCAAAUAAAAGACGAAGGGAUCCGCGUUUGCGACUUGUGUCCGAAUUUCCCGCAACAACGUUACAAAAACGUGUACUUGGACAAAGAGCCCAUCGGUAAGUACGAUAAUAUGGAUUUUUCAAGUUGUUUUGGACUUUGCUUCGACACGAACAACUGCACGGCAUUCAGCUUCGACCAUACCGCCGGACGGUGUUACAUUUUCGACAGCACUGACGGAGAGCUCAGAGAGGAAGAAGAAUGGACCACGGUGUUCAUGACCCAACCGGUCGGAGUGCUGAACGAUUGGAUGUACUCGCGCCACACCUCGGCAGUGGGCACCAACCCUUUGAGCCAAGAAAAGGAAACUUCUUUUUUGUCUUGUUUGAGUAAAUGCAACGACCAAAAGCACUGCACCGUUGUGUCUUAUUUUCUGCUGGACUUGACGUGCACUACUUACGGUAACGUCGAAAAGGACAUAGAGCUAGUGGACUUCGAGUACGGCUACGUUUCCGCUUUUCGUUUGGCGGAUUUGACCAUUGGCAAUACGAAUACUUGGAGAUUUGUCGAGACAGGUGAUAGUGUACUGUCGCUGAAAUCAACGACAAGCCUAAGCACAGGACAAUGUUCGUCGUUCAUCAACGACACUCACGGUAGUUAUUUCUCCAAGCCUUGUUUCACCACCUCGUUGGCCGGUUGCGACGUCAAUACUGGAUGCAAAACGUGUUACUACCCCGAACGAACGGGUCAAGCGGAAAACCUGAGCAUUUGUCCUGACAGCGAUGUCUAUUUUUUGGACGACAUGAACAAAAUAAUACACGCCGAAAUGGAAAACUGUUUGCAGACAACGGAAUGUAUGGGAUUCGGAUUGAACUCGAAACGAACCGAGCAGAUUACCCUGACGACGUUUGGACUGUACCAGUACGCCAAAACGUUCAUGUUGAAGUUCCCCAAACAACCCGUAGGAGUUCACGCCUAUCUUAAGGACUACGAUUUCGUCGAAAAUCUCGGAGUAAUUGCUAUCGAAGGCGCGGAAAGUGAAUUAAAAAUGUCCAAUGAGGUGACGUUCGACGAGUGUAUGUCCGAAUAUAAGAGCUCCACGUAUAAGCGAAUGUCCUAUUCUAGACGGAAAAAGGAAUGCGUUCUUUCGUCUGAUGUGGUGAAAUUGACGGAAGGCAAAAACGUUUUUACUGUGUUCAAAAAACCCUCGUUAAAAUCGUCGUCGUUGAAUUACUUGCGGACUCCAGGCGUACGGUUGAAUUCGUCAUUGGCCACUAUGCGACGUGAUUGCAAACAAAAUUGCGAAGAAGUCUGUUCCCGCGUGUGCAAUCAGCCGUCUAACGGAUGGUGCGCUUACAUAUCUAUAAAAUAUUUACCCAAUUCUUCAAAGUGCUAUUUUUACGGCAUCAGCGACGAAGCCGAGUUGAAACUUCACCCUUCGGAAAGCUCCAUGGUGCUUGUAGCGCAGAGCAAAUCGAAUUUCACCUUGGCCGGACUGAAUAAGGUGAACCCAUUCUCUGGCGAUGAAAAUAUGCUAUUAAACUGUUUCAUCAAGGAUAACAAGCAAACCCAGACCACAUUGACCGUAUUCAAUAAGCCGGGUGAAACGGCAUUGGCCAUACGUAACAAGAGAGGAUUUUUCAGUUUUAUCGGUAAUGCGGUAAAGUCAGUAGGUGAAGCUGUAGUUGAAGCGGUUAAAGACACAGUGGAUACAGUUGUGGACACCGGUCAAGGAGUUGUUAAUGCGGUGGGAAAUGUGGUCAAAGGAGAUUUUGAAGGGGCCAAAAAUGCAAUAACAGACAUACCGAUCGUCCAAGACGUCUCGAACGCCGUUCAACUGGGCGGUGCUGUUUUGUCCGGAGACUGGGAUGCGGUUAAAGAAAAAGGAUUAGACCUCCUAGGAUCGUCGUUGUUAGAUGUCGGUCUGUCAGUGGUCGCGCCGGGUGUAGGUAAGAUCAUUGGAAAAGGUUUGAAGGGCAUCUCCAAAGCGGCUAAAACGGCUAUUAAAGGGGCAAAAAAGAAAAUACAAAAAGCCGGAAAAGAUAUAACACCUAAAAGAGCGGACGUGAACAAAUCGAAGAACAAUAAAAAUAAAAACAAAGACAAAGACAAGGAUAAAAACAAAGACCAAGGAAGUGACAGAAAUGACAACAAUCAGUGUGAAGCACGACCCAAACGAGCAAUUUUCAGAUCUAAUAAACGAGGUAAAAAUGUUGGUGCUAAGGGAUGCAAUGCCGCUAGAUGUGAUAAGCCGACGCGUGUCACCAACGCCAUGAAAGAUACUUUUCAAAAUUGUAAUGAUAAGCUAUUGCAUACGUAUUGUAAUUUUGAAUGUAAAACUGGUUUUCAAGAGAGUGAUCCCCGCCUCAAGUGUACAAGACAAAGUGGCAAUAAAGCCGCCUGGUUCCCAAGACCAACGUGCACUGUGUACACUUGCCAAGACACUGCUUUUCCUGUAAUUCCCGUAAUGACACCAAAAGUCGACGGGCUCACCUCAAUAUCAACGAGCAAAUAUAUUGUCUCCUACGUAGCGUUGUUCGACAAAGCCCGUAAACUACCCGUGUGGUCGGUGGCCUUACACCAGAGCAGUCAGUUCCAGUCUAAAAGCUAUAAUGAUGCCAGAGAUUUUGAACGGGCAGACAAUUUUUUCUUGUACCCCUGCAAGGCAUUAAAAAAUCAUCAGUACCUUUCUAGCGCCUACACGAACGGCAGUUAUGACCGUGGACACUUGACUCCAUCCAAUGUCGCUCGGUGGUCAAAAAAGGCUACGAAAAGCACGUUCGCGAUGAUUAACAUCGCUCCUCAGCAUUCCUACAUCAACGAACACCCGUGGCAAACGCUAGAGUUCCACGUGGAGUGUUUUAGUUCGACCAGGCGAACGUUGGUGGCGACCGGUGUUUGCAAGAAAACGCUGGGGAAAACAAAAGGCAAGACAAAAAUCGACGUGCCUGAUUGUUUUUGGAAAAUGUUGUGCUAUAAAGACGAGGAGGGGAUGGAACAAGUCGUUGGUUUCAUAGCGAAGAACUCAGAUUAUAAGGAUAAAGAUUAUGACAAGCGAGAAAAAGAAAUAUUCACUCCAGUUUCGCAAGCCGAAAUUAGUAAGCUCUACGACAGCUUGUUGUUCAACCCGUGGCUUAUGUCGGUGCAAAUAAACGUGGGAAGAGAAAUUGGCAUUAAUCCCGGAUUCACCGAUUUUAACAACAACCAUCAGACUAUUUGGAUGCCCGUGAACCCCAACGACUGUAGGAGAGCGAUGGAAUUAUCUCCGGAAGAGAAACAAGGUUGGGAAGACAAACUGAUGGGUCCAAAAACGAAACAAAAACGUGCCAUAAUAAAGAGGCUUAAAAGAGGAUGUACCAAGUCGGAACUGAAGGAAAAACGAGAGUUUGCCGAGUUACUGAAGACGCGUGCUGUGGAGUCAGAUGACUCAGAUGACUCAGAUGGCUCAGAUGAAUCGGAAACUGGUGAAGACACAGCCGGAGACGGAAGCGUAGACGUUUCGGUACAGAGUUGCGGCAAACGUAUCGUUGGGUAUUACACCUCUUGGGGUGUGAAAAAGAUCAACAGCAAAAUUUUGUCCAAGCUCACUCACGUGAUAUACGCUUUUAUGGAGAUGCACAGUGACGGAACGGUCAGCAUAGGAUCGCCGGACAAAGCACACAGCGAAGACGUGGAAAAAGAAACGCAAAAGUCUCGCCAAAGAUUAGAACACCUGAUGAACUUGGCCAAGUUUUAUCCGCAUGUGAAAAUCUUGUUCGCUGUCGGCGGGUGGGAGAACUCUAAGUAUUUCAGUAAAAUGGCUUCGUCGCCUCAAAGCAGAGUGGUGUUUAUCUCGUCCGUUAUCAAACUCAUUCAAAAAUACGGUUUUGACGGAGUGGAUAUCGAUUGGGAGUACCCAGUAACCGGAGGUGCCGUCGAAGGAGUACCGGCAGACAAAGACAACUAUGUGCUACUCAUGAAGGAGCUACGUCAGGCCUUGGACACGUACAAAGCAGAAGCAGGUCGCAGAAGUGAUUUUCUGAUAUCUUUUGCGGGCGCAGCGGGUCAGUGGACUUUGGAUCCCGGGUUCGACUUGCCAGGGUUGCUUAAGUAUGCCGACUUUGCCAACGUGAUGACGUAUGAUUUCUUCGGAGCUUGGUCCAGCAAAUGGGGUGCGUACACGGGACCUCCCGCCCCUCUGUAUUUUGGGAUGCCACCGCGGUUUUCUGGCAAGACAAACGUCGACUGGACCAUCAAGUACUACACUUGCAAGAGUAAGUUACCGCACAAGAUCAACAUGGGCGUGCCGUUUUACGGCCGGUAUUGGAGUAACGUGGGCGAUUCGGUAGACGGCAAAGACGAAAUGUGGCGGACGGCCAACGCGGUCGGAGGUGUUUUUCAGGGUGGAUACACGCCUUGGUUUAAGCUACAGCAAGACCAUUUGGACGACAGCCGAUUCAAACAGCGUUUUCACGAAAAGAGCAAAUCGCCGUACGCAUGGAAUCCGUCGACAAAAGAGUUUUUGGGCUACGAAAAUGAAAAAUCUCUGUCUUUCAAAGCGAAGUACGCUGCGGAUAAGAACGUAGGUGGCCUGAUGAUCUGGUCUGUCGAUUUGGACGACGACCAAUUGACUUUGUUGAACGCUGUUUACAAUGCACCGUUAUGCGACAAAACCGAUCCUAACGAUGUUAACCACAAGUGUUCGCCUAUUGACGAAAAGCGCUGGUGGACCUCUGAAGACGGCGAUGACGUUGCAGGACUUUGCGGUAGAUCGGCACCCCUCUAUAAGGGAUACUAUCCUGUAUGCGAUCCGGACGACCCGGGAUACAGCUGCUGUGGCCCGUCCGGCUAUUGCGGAUCCGGUGAGAAGUACUGCGACUGCCCCACGUGCAAGGACUACGGGAAUAACCCAUCGCUGAUUUUGGAACGUCCGAUCAAACCCACCGUGCCGGUCACGUGGUAUUUCUUGAACGCCAAGGACGGCUUGCGCGGCCGGUGUGGCCGAAAAAUACCUAAAAUCCAAGGCGUUUACCCCACGUGCAAUCCGGACGACAGCAACGCUCAUUGUUGCUCCAACGGCAACUACUGUGGUAAAUCUGCCGAGUUUUGCAAAUGCCAGGGAUGCGUUGACUUCAAGAAGAAUCCCACUUACCGGUUCGGCCCGAAGAAAUGGUGGACUCUGGAAGACGGUCCGAAAAGGGCGGGCACGUGCGGACCCAAAGCCGACAAGGUCGAUGGCGUUUACGAAGCCGAGUGCGAGCCAAACACUAAGUUCAGCUGUUGUAGUCCCAACGGUUAUUGCGGAUCCGGCAGCGACUAUUGCGACUGCAAAGGCUGCAUACGCUUUUAACUAGAGCCAAUAAUUAUAAGGUAUAUAAUACACCACAAUAUAACACUCACAAAACAGGAAAAAAAGAUCAUUGGAUCGAGUACGACGACCCGGAAUUGUUUAACUCGAACAAACAUGUAAUAACAACUAUUACUACAUAUAUACAACGAAUAUAUGUGUUAUAUUUAAAAAAUUAUAUUACUUGAAAAUAAUUUAACUCAUAUAACUAUUGGAGUUUAUAAUUUUAUGGACACACGGUGAAAAAAUACAUACUUGGUCCAACUAAAAUAAUUAUAGGUAAUAUAGGCACUCAAUAAAUAUGUAGUUGGGGUAAAUAAAGAAAUAUAGUUGCUUUAACUAAAAAUGUAUUUUCAUUUAGUUAUUCCAACUAUCAAUAUUUAUUGUCACCUUAUAUAGUAGCCAUGACUUUAGUUGGUCCGACUACGUAUUUGUU